AUAUGCUGCGAAACGGCAGUCUCAGACAAAGUCUUCGGACACUAGACUCAUUUAGUUUAGCACCUGAAGAUGUCCUGAAAACCGCAAUUAAGACUGUCGAGGACUAUGAAGGUGACAACAUUGAUUCCAAUGGCGAAAUUAAAAUCACAAGAGAUGCCAAAGAAGAGGUUGUAAAUAAGGUUUCCAUUCCACAAUUGUACCGAUACACAACGACAUUGGAGAAGCUGUUGCUAUUCAUAGGAACUCUCGUCGCAGUUAUUACCGGUGCCGGACUUCCACUGAUGUCAAUUCUUCAGGGAAAAGUGUCACAGGCAUUUAUUAAUGAGCAAAUUGUUAUUAAUAAUAAUGGAAGCACAUUUCUACCAACGGGUCAAAACUACACAAAAACUGAUUUCGAACACGAUGUGAUGAAUGUGGUGUGGAGUUAUGCUGCAAUGACUGUCGGAAUGUGGGCAGCCGGUCAGAUUACAGUAACCUGUUAUCUAUACGUGGCAGAGCAAAUGAAUAAUCGAUUGCGACGAGAAUUUGUGAAAUCGAUUCUGAGACAGGAGAUUUCAUGGUUUGACACCAACCAUUCGGGAACUCUUGCCACGAAACUUUUCGACAAUCUGGAAAGAGUAAAAGAAGGAACUGGAGACAAAAUCGGAAUGGCAUUCCAAUACCUGAGUCAGUUCAUCACUGGAUUCAUUGUUGCUUUCACUCACAGUUGGCAGCUCACUCUUGUCAUGUUAGCAGUCACUCCAAUUCAAGCCCUCUGCGGUUUUGCAAUCGCAAAAUCAAUGUCAACGUUCGCAAUUCGAGAAACUUUAAGAUAUGCGAAAGCCGGAAAAGUUGUCGAAGAAACAAUAUCGAGUAUUCGAACAGUUGUGUCAUUAAAUGGAUUGAGAUAUGAGCUAGAAAGAUAUUCGACUGCUGUUGAAGAAGCAAAGAAAGCUGGAGUCUUGAAAGGAUUAUUCUUAGGAAUCUCGUUCGGUGCAAUGCAGGCUUCAAACUUUAUCUCUUUUGCGUUGGCAUUCUAUAUUGGUGUCGGAUGGGUACAUGAUGGAAGUCUUAACUUUGGAGAUAUGCUUACGACCUUCUCCUCAGUUAUGAUGGGAUCAAUGGCUUUAGGUCUUGCUGGACCUCAAUUAGCUGUUCUUGGUACAGCUCAGGGAGCCGCGUCUGGUAUCUAUGAAGUUUUGGAUAGAAAGCCAGUGAUCGAUUCAUCUAGCAAAGCGGGAAGGAAAGAUAUGAAAAUCAAGGGAGACAUCACUGUUGAAAACGUCCAUUUCACGUACCCAUCCCGCCCGGAUGUUCCAAUUCUACGUGGAAUGAAUCUCCGUGUAAAUGCAGGUCAAACUGUCGCACUUGUCGGAUCAUCGGGAUGUGGAAAGUCGACGAUUAUCAGUUUGUUGUUGCGUUACUACGAUGUUUUGAAAGGCAAGAUUACGAUUGAUGGAGUCGACGUUCGGGAUAUCAACUUGGAAUUUUUGAGAAAAAAUGUGGCCGUCGUGUCACAGGAGCCAGCGUUGUUCAAUUGUACGAUCGAGGAGAAUAUUAGUCUCGGAAAAGAAGGCAUAACACGUGAGGAAAUGGUUGCUGCAUGUAAGAUGGCCAACGCAGAAAAGUUCAUCAAAACUCUACCAAACGGAUAUAAUACUCUUGUCGGAGAUCGUGGAACCCAGCUCUCCGGAGGCCAGAAACAACGUAUCGCUAUUGCUCGUGCUCUCGUCAGAAACCCGAAAAUCCUUCUAUUGGACGAAGCCACGUCAGCACUGGACGCUGAAUCCGAGGGAAUUGUGCAACAGGCAUUGGACAAAGCCGCAAAAGGACGUACCACAAUUAUCAUUGCCCAUCGUUUAUCAACUAUUCGUAACGCUGAUCUUAUCAUUUCUUGCAAAAAUGGACAAGUCGUCGAGGUUGGAGAUCACAGAGCUUUGAUGGCUCAGCAAGGACUCUACUAUGAUCUGGUGACAGCUCAAACCUUCACAGACGCCGUUGACUCUGCCGCAGAAGGAAAAUUCUCUCGCGAGAACAGCGUCGCCCGCCAGACCAGCGAACAUGAAGGACUUUCCCGUCAAGCUUCUGAGAUGGAUGAUAUUAUGAAUCGAGUGAGAAGUUCCACGAUUGGAUCAAUCACAAAUGGUCCUGUAAUUGAUGAGAAGGAGGAGAGAAUUGGAAAAGAUGCUUUAUCCCGGCUGAAGCAAGAGCUUGAAGAGAAUAAUGCUCAGAAAACUAAUCUAUUCGAGAUUUUGUAUCACGCCAGGCCACAUGCUCUUUCCCUGUUUAUUGGAAUGUCUACAGCCACAAUCGGAGGAUUCAUCUACCCAACCUACUCUGUCUUCUUCACCUCAUUCAUGAACGUUUUCGCAGGUAACCCUGCCGAUUUUCUCAGUCAAGGACACUUCUGGGCUCUUAUGUUCCUUGUUCUGGCAGCUGCUCAAGGAAUCUGCUCAUUCUUGAUGACUUUCUUCAUGGGAAUCGCCUCCGAAUCGUUGACCCGAGAUCUUCGCAACAAGUUGUUCAGAAAUGUUCUGUCACAACACAUUGGAUUCUUCGAUUCACCACAGAACGCAUCGGGAAAGAUCAGUACUAGACUUGCAACUGAUGUUCCCAAUCUAAGAACUGCCAUUGAUUUCCGCUUCUCCACAGUCAUCACAACACUUGUCUCAAUGGUUGCUGGUAUCGGAUUGGCCUUCUUCUACGGUUGGCAAAUGGCUCUUCUGAUCAUCGCCAUCCUUCCAAUCGUUGCGUUUGGACAAUACCUUCGUGGACGUAGAUUCACCGGAAAGAAUGUGAAAAGCGCUUCAGAAUUCGCUGAUUCGGGAAAAAUUGCAAUUGAAGCAAUUGAGAAUGUAAGAACCGUGCAGGCGUUGGCAAGAGAAGACACUUUCUACGAGAACUUUUGCGAGAAAUUGGACAUUCCACAUAAGGAGGCUAUCAAGGAGGCGUUUAUACAAGGACUCUCAUAUGGAUGUGCCUCAUCCGUCCUGUACCUUCUCAACACAUGUGCCUAUCGUAUGGGUCUCGCCCUGAUCAUCACCGACCCACCAACUAUGCAACCAAUGCGUGUGCUUCGUGUCAUGUAUGCCAUCACGAUUUCCACGUCUACCCUCGGAUUCGCCACUUCAUAUUUCCCAGAAUAUGCGAAAGCCACGUUUGCUGGUGGUAUUAUCUUCGGGAUGCUACGGAAGAUUUCGAAAAUUGAUAGUUUGUCGUUGGCCGGGGAGAAGAAGAAACUCUACGGGAAAGUCAUUUUCAAGAAUGUCCGAUUCGCUUACCCAGAACGCCCAGAAAUCGAGAUCCUGAAGGGUCUCAGCUUCUCAGUGGAGCCCGGACAAACUCUCGCUCUCGUCGGACCAUCAGGAUGUGGAAAGUCUACCGUCGUAGCGCUUCUUGAGAGAUUCUACGACACCCUUGGCGGUGAGAUCUUUAUCGAUGGCUCCGAGAUCAAGACGUUGAACCCUGAGCACACAAGAUCACAAAUUGCAAUUGUAUCCCAGGAGCCAACACUGUUUGAUUGCUCAAUUGCAGAGAAUAUUAUCUAUGGCUUGGAUCCUUCCUCAGUUACCAUGGCUCAAGUUGAAGAAGCAGCCAGGCUUGCGAACAUCCACAAUUUCAUCGCAGAGCUUCCAGAAGGUUUUGAGACUCGUGUAGGAGACCGUGGAACCCAGCUCUCCGGAGGUCAAAAACAACGUAUCGCUAUUGCACGCGCCCUGGUAAGGAAUCCCAAGAUCUUACUCUUGGACGAAGCUACGUCAGCACUGGACACAGAAUCCGAGAAGGUUGUCCAAGAAGCGCUGGAUCGUGCGAGAGAGGGAAGAACCUGUAUUGUGAUUGCUCAUCGUUUGAACACAGUGAUGAAUGCAGAUUGUAUUGCUGUCGUGAGCAAUGGUACUAUUAUUGAAAAAGGAACCCACACACAGUUGAUGUCUGAGAAGGGUGCCUACUACAAACUGACCCAAAAGCAGAUGACCGAGAAGAAAUAAACUUUAAAUCAUUAAUUUUGUGUAGCUUUCUUUCUCGAUUUUUGCACGAUCUUUCCCCUAAGCAUAUUAAUAAGUCGUUCCUCUGUUUUGAGUUACUUUUGAAGUUUGAAUUGAAUAAAUAUUU